AGUGCGCGGUUGGUAAACAAACGGAACGUUUUGGUAAAGUUUCGCAGUUUUCAUUCAACUUUUAGUCGGUUUUCCUCCCUUUAUUUGUGGCCAAACCAUGGCCAGCCGUCGGAAGCAUGAAGCCAGUUCGUCCUCGUCGGAGGACAGUUCCGUGGACAGCAAGGAGGAAGCACGUCGGCGCGAUAUCAAAGAACGUGACGAAUUUGCCCAACGGCUGAAGCAAAAGGAUGAAGGUCGCACCCGGAAGGUGGUGGAAUCGACCAGCCGGAAAGCGUACGAAGAAGCGGCCAAACGGCUGAAGCUGGAAGCCGAGGACCGGGACAAGUUGCUACCAAAGUUGAGAAUCCACUCGCGUCGACAGUAUCUGGAAAAGCGCAAAGAUGACAAAGUGGCCGAGCUGGAAGCGGACAUCCUGGACGAUGAGUACUUGUUUGAGGAAUCGCAGAUUACCGAACGCGAACGGCAGGAUCGGGAAUACAAGCGAAGUUUGCUUCAAAUCGCGAAAGAACAUGAGAAAGCUAGGGAGCUGGAAAGGGUUCAGCGGUACCAUAUGCCCAAAGACAUCAAGAAGGGGGACAAGGAAGAAUACGUAGAAGUGGAUGAACGAGAAAAGGUUCCAAAUGCGGAGCAGAAGAAGUGGGAAGCCGAACAGCUGGCUUCAGCAGUUUAUAAGUUUGGAUCCAAGGAUGCAAAAGCUAGACAGCAGGAAGAGUACGAACUUCUGCUGGACGAUCAGAUUGAUUUCGUGCAAGCCCUGCGACUCGAUGGAACAAAGGACAAAGACCGGAAACCGGUGGUUUCCGAAGCCGAUCGGAAGAAGAUGGACAUUGAAGAAACGAAGAAAUCGCUUCCGGUCUACCCAUUCAAAGAGGAUCUAAUUGCGGCCAUCAAAGAGCAUCAGAUUUUGAUCAUCGAAGGCGAAACGGGAUCCGGCAAAACCACCCAAAUUCCGCAGUAUCUCUACGAGGCUGGAUUUACCAACGAUGGCAAGAAGAUUGGCUGCACUCAGCCUCGUCGUGUGGCGGCCAUGUCCGUGGCGGCUCGUGUGGCCCAGGAAAUGGGUGUCAAGCUGGGAAACGAAGUUGGAUACAGUAUUCGUUUUGAGGAUUGCACCUCCGAGAGAACAGUAAUCAAGUACAUGACGGAUGGAACGUUGCACCGGGAGUUCCUUUCGGAACCGGAUCUGGCGUCGUAUAGCGUGAUGAUCAUCGAUGAGGCUCACGAGCGCACACUUCAUACGGACAUUCUGUUCGGUUUGGUGAAAGAUAUUGCACGAUUUCGGGUGGAUUUGAAACUGUUGAUUUCGAGCGCCACUUUGGAUGCCGAAAAGUUUUCGGAGUUCUUUGACGAUGCUAAUAUUUUCAGGAUUCCUGGCCGUCGGUUUCCGGUUGACAUCUAUUACACAAAAGCGCCGGAAGCGGACUACAUCGAUGCUUGCGUUGUAUCAGUUUUGCAAAUCCAUGCCACCCAGCCUCUAGGAGAUAUACUUGUAUUUUUAACGGGUCAGGAAGAGAUUGAAGCUUGCCAGGAGAUGCUUCAGGAUCGCGUCAAGCGAUUGGGUUCCAAGCUGAAAGAAUUGCUUAUCCUUCCGAUCUACGCCAAUCUGCCAUCGGACAUGCAGGCAAAGAUUUUCGAACCGACUCCGCCAAACGCGCGCAAAGUCGUGUUGGCGACAAACAUCGCCGAGACAUCCCUAACGAUUGAUAACAUCAUCUACGUGAUUGACCCCGGAUUCGCCAAGCAGAAUAACUUCAACUCGCGAACGGGAAUGGAAACUCUGAUGGUGGUUCCGAUUUCGAAGGCGUCUGCCAAUCAACGAGCAGGUCGAGCGGGUCGCGUUGCUCCUGGCAAGUGUUUCCGGCUGUAUACAGCUUGGGCCUACAAGCAUGAGCUAGAAGAGAACACGGUUCCGGAAAUUCAACGUAUCAAUCUGGGUAAUGCCGUACUAAUGCUGAAAGCGUUGGGAAUCAAUGAUCUGUUGCAUUUCGAUUUCCUCGAUCCUCCUCCUCAUGAAACUUUGGUCCUGGCUUUGGAACAGCUGUAUGCUCUGGGUGCUUUGAACCAUCACGGUGAGCUGACCAAGCUGGGUAGACGAAUGGCUGAGUUCCCGGUGGAUCCCAUGAUGGCCAAAAUGUUGCUCGCCAGCGAAAAGUACAAAUGCUCCGAAGAGGUCGUCACCAUUGCUGCUAUGCUCUCGGUGAACGGAGCCAUCUUCUACCGCCCGAAGGACAAAAUCAUCCACGCCGACACGGCGCGCAAAAACUUCAAUCAUAUGCAUGGUGACCAUCUCAGUCUGCUGCAAGUCUACAAUCAGUGGGCCGAAUCGGAUUACAGCACACAGUGGUGCUACGAAAACUACAUCCAAUUCCGUUCCAUGAAACGCGCUCGCGAUGUUCGAGAACAGCUGGUCGGCCUUAUGCAGCGGGUCGAAAUCGAAAUGGUUUCCGGCCUGCCGGAAACGAUCAACAUCCGGAAAGCCAUCACGUCCGGUUAUUUCUACCAUAUCGCUCGGCUAUCCAAGGGUGGCCACUACAAAACCGUCAAGCACAACCAAACGGUGAUGAUCCAUCCGAACUCGGCUCUGUUCGAGGAACUCCCGAGAUGGGUGCUCUAUCACGAGUUGGUGUUCACCACCAAGGAGUACAUGAGAUCGGUGAUCGAAAUCGAGAGCAAGUGGCUGCUGGAGGCGGCUCCGCAUUACUACAAACCGAAGGAGCUAGAGGAUUCCACCAACAAGAAGAUGCCGAAAACGGUCGGCCGGGCGACGCUGGCUGAGUAGGAAGACAGAGUAAGAAAGAAAUGCAGUGUGUUGCGAUCUAGUCCCUGUUUUGAAGGGAUAAUGAUUAGUGUGCGAGAGAAUUUUCAGUGCUGGGAUUGAUUCAAGUUAGCGUGGAAGAGGAAGUUAAGGUAGGUGAAUAUAAUCUAAUUGUAUGCUAUCA